GGUUGAAAAACAGAGAGGUGGACGUGUGAGGCAGCCAGAAAGCAGACGCUUUUGCUUACUUUCACAGGUAACCAGUCUCUCCUAAAGUCCCGGGCGGCUUCAGCAUGUUUUCGUGGAGGCUCUACCAGUUGCUGUGUGUGCUGGCCAGGUUCAUGAGCGCAACUCUUGCCUUUGAAGAUGAUAUUGAAGUUAACUACUCUUACUUCAAUGAAAUCACAGAUGGAGAAACACCAGAACCGACCAUGAGUUCCGUCCCCUGCAGUUCUCAAGACCUGACUAAAUGGGAUAAAAUCUUUACCAUGCUGGAGGACAGUCAGAUGAGGGAGAACAUGCUCCUUCAAUAUGCCGACGACAUGGUUAAGGGGAAGAUGGAUUCACUGCUAAGUGAACUUAUGAGGUUUGUGGCCCAGAACGCUGGGUCCUGUGGGGCGGAAAUGGAGACAGCAGUAAGACGGACAGCCCUGGAGCUGGAGGGCCGUCUGAAGGAAACCCUGGAGAGCUUUAAAUUCAGAGACUUGGCCUCUGCUGCUGACCAUUCCAACUACGUGGACACAAUGCUGCAGCAGCUUCUUUCUACAGCGCAAACCCAAACGUCCCGGCUCAGCAAGCUAGAGAGCAGCUGCUUCGGCGGCCCAGGAAGUGGCACGGGGAUCAACACCAAGGCUGGGUUUCAGCUCCCAGGAGGAGGAAGUGGACACAGAGAUCAAGAAGUCACCUCACAGUGUGCUUUAGAUGUUGUGGAGACUCAGCUGCAGGAGCUUCAAGCGAAGCUGGAGGAUGUGCAAAACUGGUCGAGGCAAAGAUACCUACCAGCAGGCUGUGAGAUGGCCCUCCUGUUCCCAAUGCGCUCUCGCCGGAUCUACGUUAUGGUGGUUCCAGAUGCUCCUCUCUCCCUGUCCUCCUUCACCGUCUGCAUGUGGGUGAAGCUGACAGCCACGUCCAACAAAACCGUGCUGUUCUCCUACGGAAGCCGUCAGAACCCGUAUGAGAUCCAGCUGCUGCUCGCUCAAACCUCCCUCCUCUUCACUGUUGGCGGAGAAGCUCACCUGGUGGAAGCACAGGGCGUGGUGGUGCCAGGGCAGUGGAGCCACUUGUGCGGGGAGUGGUCAUCCGAGCAGGGUCAGGCAAAGCUGUGGGCGGAUGGCAAAAAGGUGGCCUCUACACCUGGAGUGGCCGAAGGACACAUCUUACCUGAUGGCGGGUUGGUCCAGCUGGGGCAGGAAAGAAGCAGCUGCUGCGGAGGCAGCUUUCCAGGAUUCGAGGAAGGAUGCAAUCCUAAACUGGCAUUUGUCGGGAAGAUGACGGGGGUGAACAUGUGGGACAGGGAGCUGACAGAGGAGGAGAUUUCUCAGCUUGCUCAGAGGGGGGGCCAGGGCUGCCAGCAGAGAGGUAACAUGGUGGCCUGGAGCUUUAGUGAAAUGGUGCCCCACGGAGGUGCACAGUUUGUCUACUGAAUCCCGCCGUCAAAACAGUGAAACUAAAACACUGGGAUUCGAUUUUAAGCUCAUGCUGAAGCUACCACUCCACCGUUUCUCCUUGUACUUUCAUAUUUAGCAUUUCCAUGCUACCCCCCUCAAAGAAAGAGGCUUCAAACACCACCAGUCCAAGAAACAAACUGCCUUUGAAUGUUUUUCAAACAUCCAUCGCUGCGAGAGACUGAAGCAGUUACUUCAGAACUGAUGCCGCGACACUGAGACGCAUUCAACAAGACAAACCUACAUUUCAGCAGGAGACAAGCCACAAAGGUUUAAUAAGAGUUUGCCUAAAAAACAAAGAGUCCUUUGUAAAGCAGAGCAGCUUCUGAGCCAGCAAACAGAGCAGUCAACUGACAGCCAUGCAGAAGAGGUGAGGAGGAGGACACAGACUGUGAAAAGAAAUUAUCCUGUAAUAUAGUUUCCUUAUAAUUUAAGGUUUACAUACCAAUGGCAUCAAACUGAAACAAAUUCCCUUUUUAUAGGGCUCAUUACCACAGUGAUGCAAUGAAGUCUUGCAGAAUUCUUAGUCAUGACAUCAAUGCCGCUGCAGGCAAAACAAAGUUUAAAAAAAUGAUUCAACAGCUUAUCUUUAUGUUGAUCAGUUCUCCAGUGACUGAAAGCUGCUGUAUUUUUCCUUUAUUAUCCCCUCAUUUAUAACUUUAAUAACUUGAGACAUUACUAUUUAAAAUGAAUUUUCUCUAAAGUCUUUAAAAGUAAAGGUAAAACUUGUUUUUAUUUCUUUAUUAGUUGGUUCAUUUAAUUUAGAGUAAUUUUUCUGUGUUUCUUUUAAUGUAAAAUGGGUAAACUGUUCAGUAAAUGAAAGACAGUGAGGUGAAUGUUUACAGUGUCUUUGUUGUGCUUUGUAACAUAAUGUCGAUUUCUUCUUGUGGAAAAAAAGGAUCUGAAUGUAAUUUGUGCAUAAACAUAACCUGUAUUAGACGAGAAGAAGAUUAGAACAUUAGCAAUCAAUGUACAUGUAAAAAUAAAACUGCAGUGUUUUAGAAA